CACCCACAAGAAAGCCCCCAAACCUCUCAAAGCGAAAAUCCCAAAAGCUUAUUCUCUGUGUUUUCACCUACCAAUAACUUUGGUUGGAAGGAUAGGCACGAUGAAUAGUAGAAGCAUCCGCUGUUUUGGCUCUUUGAUGGCACUCUUGUUGUGCCCCUUCAUGGCGGAAGGUUGGAUCCUGCAAAACAACGCCAUUUCUCCUGUGGUUUCCAAAAGAUGCAGACUUCAAGCUGCUGCCGGCGAGGAUGCCGCCCAAGAAUUACAAGACCAAGCGCGGAAACUACGGGAGGAAAUCGAUGCGUUUCAACAAGAAAAGGAUCAAGUUGAACAAGCCGAACGACAAGCUCGGAUUGAAGAGAAACAAGCCAAACAAAAAGCCAAAGAUUUCUAUAGCGCCAUUGUGCCCAUCCUCAAACCAGACGGUUCUACCAUGGAAGAGAAGGUAGAAUUUCGUCCAGUUUCCCAAAAGCAAGAUUCCGAAAUUGUCGUCUUGGAAGGAUCACUGCCACUGGGCUUGAUUUUGGAAGAGGGAGAACUUGUGGGAACCACUGUCGUGGAUCAAGUGGCAGAGGGUGGCAAUGCUGAAAUGGCAGGCGUCCAAGUGGGCGACAUUCUAAGGGCGUGCACAGCUUGUGAAAUGAACAUGGAAGCACCCACUUGGCAACUUUUGGCGGGUGGAAUUGGUGUCCCCAAGACCAAACGAAUGAUGUAUGUUGUGGACCAAAGGCCAUUUGAAGAAGUCAUGGAUGCCAUUGGAAGCAAUCGUAUGGACCCCGAGGGGAGGCCCGUUCUGCUAGUUGUAGAACGAAAACGACAAUAGCAUAUUUUAUCAAAUGCAGCAAAAAGUGAGAGUACUAAAUAUUUGACAGAGUCGAGUCGAGUCGACCCACCAUGCCACACUUCUGGUUGCCUCGUGCGGUACUUGUCUCUGGCCAUGCGACCAAACGUGUAGCUAAUCCAUUGCAGGAAGAAGAAGCAAUGUUAGCUUCUUGUUCUGUGCUCCUUUAGUAGAUCAAAGUGCAAUUCAGUUUCAGCUCCAACUAACCUACAUCCCUUCAAUUCAAUUCCAUCCAGUAGCUACGGUAGCAAUCUAAUUACACCUACCUAAUGAAUAGAAGACCAGUGCAAAUGCAUGUAUAUAGUAUCUCUAUAGUAUACCACUACUGGUAACAUU